AUUUAAACUUCAACUGUUAAUUACGACCGUGAAAAUCUGUUUUACAGGAAAUCUUUUUUAUGAUCAUGACACUACUUUGGUGAAAUUAACCCCCUGUUGGCCUCCAGACAGUCUUAAUUGCCUAAAAUAAACGUGUUAUAUUAAUCAAUACACUUUAUCAACCCAAUACACGAUACAUUUUUUUUUAACUUUUCAAUGGAAGCACGUGGCGUGAAGAAUGGAAAUCAAUGAACGUGUGUUUUUUUGUCUCUCUCUCUCUCUUGAGUAUUAUGGUACCAGUCUCCAACUGGCGUUAGUCAUCGAAGAUGCGAUCAGUACCAUUUGGAGUUAACAAAUUGAACCUGAGACGUGGUUCUGAUAUUACGCCGUUUAUCAGCAAUUAAGACAACCCAGUGAUAUAUUUCCGUGUGUGUUGGGUACGCACAUGUUGUACCGGUAUGGAAUUUUUUCAAGUUCCGGUUGAGUUGGGCAUCUCUCUCGCACCUUCGACUCUUCCGUGCUGCAGAAGGCAGCGGUAGAUCAUCGCAGAAUGACGUUUGCCUUGUGAUUGAAAUAUAAACGUUUGCACACUGGCAUUGCUACGCCUCAAAGUAAACCAGGGGCGACGGACGGCCGGGCCCGUGCCGCCUCGUGGCGGCCGUCGUCGCCCGGGGAGGCGGCGCGAGGGAUGGACGCAGGGGUGGUGGUGCGGGACCUGCAGGCCGCCCUCUUCCCCGUCUGCACCAAGGGCGGGUACCUGAACAGUUUCCUCCAGAACACGCUCAAGACGAACCAGGUGGAGAUCGACACGGACGGCCGCACCCUGAGGCCCGUGGCGAGGCUGCGGGAGCCACGAGACCUCUUCUCGCUGCCCCGGGAGGCCGACCAGCCCCAGCCGGAGACGCGGUGGCCGACCGAGUGCCAGGUGCUGGAGGACCGGGUCCACCACAUCGAGUACGUGCCGCCGACGCCGGAGCAGUACUACCAACCGACCGGCAAGGAGGUGCAGCCCAAGCCCGUCGGCGAGGAGGCGGGCCAGGUGGUGUUCCAGUACUACCCGAUGAGCGCCGUCAACUACUUCAGCCGCUCGAGCGUCGGCGGCAGCAAGUACUUCCUGGAGACGUGCCCGUCGGACCGGGCGGAGGGGCUGCGCUUCGAGUCGCGCUUCGAGUCGGGCAACCUGGCCAAGGCGGUGCGCAUCACGGAGACGUACUACGAGCUCUACCUGCGCACCGACCUGUACACCAACCGCCACAUGCAGUGGUUCUACUUCCGGGUGGAGAACACCCGCGCCAACACCGCCUACAGGUUCUCGAUCGUGAACCUGUCGAAGGCGGAGAGCCUGUACAGCGUCGGCAUGCGUCCCCUCUUGUACUCCUCGAAGGACGCCCAGCUCAGGAACAUCGGCUGGAGGAGGUGCGGCGACAACAUCGCCUACUUCAGAAACGACUGCGCGAGCGGGGAGGAGGAGUCCGUACCGAGCUUCACGCUGUCCUUCAACCUGGAGUUCCCGCACGACGACGACCACGCGUUCCUGGCCCACUGCUACCCGUACACGUACUCCGAACUGCAGGACUACCUCGUGAGGCUGCAGAACCACCCGGUGAAGUCCGCGUUCAGCAAGCUGCGACUGCUGUGCCGCUCCCUGGCGGGCAACAACGUCUACUACCUCACGGUCACCGCCCCGUCCGCCACGGAGGAGCCCAAGAAGAAGAAGGCGAUAGUGAUAACGGCCCGGGUCCACCCGGGGGAGACCCCCUCGUCCUGGAUGAUGAAGGGCUUCAUGGACUUCCUGACGGGCGACUCCGAGCAAGCCAAGGAGCUGCGGGAGCGGUUCAUCUUCAAGCUGGUGCCCAUGCUGAACCCGGACGGCGUGGUGGUGGGAAACAACCGCUGCUCGCUGACGGGGCGGGACCUGAACCGCCAGUACCGCACCGUGAUCCGGGAGACCUACCCGCCGGUCUGGCACACCAAGCUCAUGGUCAGAAGACUGAUAGAAGAGUGUGGCAUCGAGCUGUACUGCGACCUCCACGCCCACUCCCGCAAGCACAAUGUGUUCAUCUACGGCUGUGAGAACAAGCGCUACCUCGACCGGCGACUGCAGGAGCAGGUUUUCCCGUUGAUGCUGCACAAGAACGCCGCUGACAAGUUCUCGUUCGAGGACUGCAAGUUCCGCAUCCAACGGGCCAAGGAGGGCACGGGGCGCGUCGUGGUGUGGAUGAUGGGCGUGGCCAACAGCUACACGAUGGAGGCUUCGUUCGGGGGCUCGACGCUGGGCGGCCGCUGCGGCACGCACUUCACCACGCACGACUACGAGCAGGUGGGGCGCUGCUUCUGCGAGACGCUGCUGGACUUCUGCGACCCGGAGCCCUGCAAGAUGUCUGUGUUCUCGGCCGAUGCCAGGAACGCCUCAGGAACAAGAUCAUCCUCAGGCUGAUGAAAGAAGGCUCCAACGCGGACGAACCAACCAACAUAAGCCUGUCCGACUACUCGAGCGACGAGGCGGACACGAGCAGCUGCUCGGAGACGACGAAGGACGAGGGGGGCUUCGCGGGCAGCGCGGAGUACGACUGCUGCGUCCCGCUCCACGCUCCGCCCCCGUCCCCUGUGCUCCCCAGGAGGGAGCACCGCAAGGCGACCAAGAAG